AUGUUUCUGCGGCCACGAACGUUGCGCGUGUUGCGCGGCGUGUCGCAACAACAUGUGAGAGCUUUUGGCUUCUCCGGUUCUUCCGGAAACUCGCCAAUGUCACCAAGGGGCAACAUUCCCAUGCCCUACAUCGAGGAGUCGUCGGCUGCCGGGAGAAAAACAUGGGAUAUCUUUUCCAAGCUCCUACAGGAACGCAUCGUCGUCCUGAAUGGUGAAGUUAACGACUACAUGUCUGCUUCGAUCGUUUCACAGCUGCUUUGGCUCGAGUCCGAUACCCCAGAUAAGCCGAUCACGAUGUACAUCAACUCUCCUGGUGGUUCCGUCACCUCAGGAAUGGCGAUCUACGAUACCAUGACAUACAUCAAGUCACCAGUGUCAACAGUGUGUGUCGGUGGCGCUGCGUCAAUGGCUGCAAUCCUCCUCGCGGGAGGUGAGGCGGGCAAGCGAUUCUCUCUUCCCCACAGCUCGAUUAUGAUCCAUCAACCGCUGGGUGGCACUCGAGGCCAAGCAUCCGAUAUCAUGAUUUACGCAAACCAGAUCCAGAAAACACGGGAACAAUCGAAUAGAAUCAUGCAGUACCAUCUCAACAAGGCAAAAGGUCAUGAAAAGUAUUCUCUCGAGGAGAUUAAUGAUCUGAUGGAACGGGAUAAAUACUUGUCUCCUGAGGAGGCUUUAGAACUCGGCGUUAUCGACGAGAUUUUGACAAAGAGACCAGAGUCAGAGCAAGAAAAGAAGGAGAAGGAAGAGAAGCAAGGAGGAGGUGAUGCACCUCAGGCGAGUUGA